AGGAAGCAACAACUACAGAGAAAAUGACCACAGUGACAACUGGACCAUCAACUGCAACAACAACAAUAGGCUUGACCACUACCACUGAAUACACAACAACCACAGCACCAACAACAGCAGAAACAACUGCACCCACAACUCUAACAAGUACAAUUCAGGAACCAACAACUAUAAAGGAAACAACACCCGCUCCAACUGUGCCAUCCACUACAACACCAACAGAUUCUACCACUACAACUAUAUACAUAACAGAAACAACAACAACAACAGCAGCACCAACAACAGCAGAAACAACAUCAUUGACAACUACUUCCACUCCAACAAGUACAAGUCAGGAAACAACCACCACAGUGGAAACAACCUCAGCUGCAAUUGUACCAUCAACCACAAAACCAACAUCAGAAUUGACCACUAUGACAGUAUACACGACACAAAGUCCAACAACCACAGCACCAACAACAGCAGAAACAACUGCUCCCACAACUGUAACAAGUACAAUUCAAGAACCAACAACUAUAAAGGAAACAACACCCACUCCAACUGUGCCAUCCAAUACAACACCAACAGAUUUUACCACUACAACUAUAUACAUAACAGAAACACCAACAGCAACAGCAGCACCAACAACAGCAGAAACAACAUCAUUGACAACUACUUCCACUCCAACAAGUACAAGGCAAGAACCAACCACUAGAGAGGUAACAACCUCAGCUGCAAUUGUAACAUCAACCACAAAACCAACAUCAGAAUUGACCACUACAACAGUAUACACAACACAAAGUCCAACAACCACAGCACAAAGAACAUCAGAAACAACUGCACCUACAUUGACUACCAUUCUAACAAGUACAAGUCAGGAAGCAACAACUACAGAGAAAAUGACCACAGUGACAACUGGACCAUCAACUGCAACAACAACAAUAGGCUUGACCACUACCACUGAAUACACAACAAUCACAGCACCAACAACAGCAGAAACAACUGCACCCACAACUGCACCCACAACUCUAACUAGUACAAUUCAGGAACCGACAACUAUAAAGGAAACAACACCCGCUCCAACUGUGCCAUCCACUACAACACCAACAGAUUCUACCACUACAACUAUAUACAUAAAAGAAACAACAACAGCAGCACCAACAACAGCAGAAACAACAUCAUUGACAACUACUUCCACUCCAACAAGUACAAGUCAGGAAACAACCACCACAGUUGAAACAACCUCAGCUGCAAUUGUACCAUCAACCAAAAAACCAACAUCAGAAUUGACCACUACAACAGUAUACACAACACAAAGUCCAACAACCACAGCACGAACAACAGCAGAAACAACUGCACCGACAACUGCACCCACAACUCUACCAAGUACAAUUCAGGAACCAACAACUAUAAAGGAAACAACACCUGCUCCAACUGUGCCAUCCACUACAACACCAACAGAUUCUACCAAUACAACUAUAUACAUAACAGAAACAACAACAACAACAGCAGCACCAACAACAGCAGAAACAACAUCAUUGACAACUACUUCCACUCCAACAAGUACACGUCAGGAAGCAACAACUACAGAGGAAAUGACCACAGUGACAACUCGACCAUCAACUGCAACAACAACAAUAGGCUUGACCACUACCACUGAAUACACAACAACCACAGCACCAACAACAGCAGAAACAAAUGCACCCACAACUGCAGCCACAACUCUAACAAGUACAAUUCAGGAACCAACAACUAUAAAGGAAACAACACCCACUCCAACUGUGCCGUCCACUACAACACCAACAGAUUUUACCACUACAACUAUAUACAUAACAGAAACAACAACAACAGCAGCAGCACCAACAACAGCAGAAACAACAUCAUUAUCAACUACUUCCACUCCAACAAGUGCAAGUCAAGAAUCAACCACUACAGAGGAAACAACCUCAGCUGCAAUUGUACCAUCAACCACAAAACCAACAUCAGAAUUGACCACCACAACAGUAUACACAACACAAAGUACAACAACCACAGCACCAACAACAGCAGAAACAACUGCACCCACAACUGCACCCACAACUCUAACAAGUACAAUUCAGGAACCAACAACGACAGUAAUUGCGGUCACAACUGCAUCUGUGCCAUCAACUGCGAAACAAAUAACAGAAUUGAACACUACCACUGUAUACACAACACAAAAUCCAACAACCACAGCAGCUACAACAUCAGAAACAACUGCACCUACACUGACUACCACUCUAACAAGUACAAGUCAGGAAGCAACAACUACAGAGAAAAUGACCACAGUGACAACUGGACCAUCAACUGCAACAACAACAAUAGGCUUGACCACUACCACUGAAUACACAACAACCACAGCAGCAACAACAGCAGAAACAACUGCACCCACAACUCUAACAAGUACAAUUCAGGAACCAACAACUCUAAAGGAAACCACACCCACUCCAACUGUGCCAUCCACUACAACACCAAAAGAUUUUACCACUACAGCUAGAUACAUAACAGAAACAACAACAACAACAACAACAGCAGCAGCACCUACAACAGCAGGAACAUCAUUGACAACUACUUCCACUCCACCAAGUACAACUCAGGAACCAUCCACUACAGAGGAAUCAGCAACCACUCCAUCUUUGCCAUCCACGACAACACCAGCAAGAGAAUUUACCACUACAACUAUAUACACAACACAAGUUUCAAAAACUACAGCACCAGCAACAUCAGAAACAACUGCUUCUACAACUACUACCACUAAUCCAAGUACAAUUCAGAAACCAGAAACUACUGUCACAACUCCAACAACCACAAUUAAAACUGUACAUUCAACUACAACAGCAACAGAAGUGACCAAUUACAUUGUAACCACUAUAAAAUCUACAACAACCACAGAAACCACUGUUCCUUCAACAACAACUUAUGAACAAAGCACAGAUGUAAUCACUAGAAAUGUAGCUGAAACCACUCCAGUUUCAUUCCCAACUACACCUACAUUUGCCACACUAUCAAGCACUACAAACCCACUAACUGCGACUUCUACUGCAACACCCUCAGUAAUAUCUGGUUCAGCUGUGGUUCAGACCAGGAUGGUCUCCAAUUCCUCCUCUCCUGUUCCCACUGAGAGUUUGGUCCUCAGUGCAAUCCAGACUCUUCUGAAUGCUCGAAUCACAAACUUCACUGACUCUGUAAAAGUGCUGAACUUCACCUAUGAGAAAAUUUCAGACACCUCCUAUGCACUCAACUUCACAUUCAACAUCAGUAACAUGAGUAUGCCAGAGAACCCUGACUUCAGGAAUGACUCCUACAACCAAGUGAAGAGCAUCAUCAACAAUGCUCUAAACACACUUCUAAAUGAACCUGGUGCAGAACCAUUCCAACCCCAGAGCUCUUUUUUCACGAGUUCAGAAAACCAGGUUAAAGGUGACAUGGAGUACCACUUCCAAGAUGGAGACACUAAAACACCAGCAGCCUUCCUGAAUGAGCUUAAAGCCCAGAGCACACCUAUGUAA